UACACGGUGGGUUUUUCUGUCGAGCUCUCGUCUCCGCGCGCUUGCAUUGAUCAAAUAUCACCACACAGCCGCACUUUCUCUGAGAUUUCUCCGAGAUUUGUAGGCGACCGCCGCGACAUCCUGUUCAAAGAUGCAGAACGACGCUGGUGAAUUUGUGGACCUCUACGUCCCCCGCAAAUGCUCUGCUAGCAACAGAAUCAUUGGAGCCAAGGACCAUGCCUCCAUCCAGAUCAACAUUGCUGAGGUUGACAAGGUGACUGGUCGCUUCAACGGUCAGUUCAAGACCUACGCCAUCUGUGGCGCCAUCCGCAGAAUGGGCGAGUCUGAUGACUCCAUCCUGAGGCUGGCGAGGGAUGACACCGUUGUUGCAAAAACCUUCUGAGUGUGCCGCUGGAGCUGUGGGAACUUUGUAAAAUAAAAUGGUGGAGAAAAAAAAAA